GUACGAGCCGGAGCGGGACGAGUGGCAGCUGGUGGCCCCGAUGCUGACGCGGCGCAUCGGGGUCGGCGUGGCGGUGCUGAACCGGCUGCUGUACGCCGUGGGGGGCUUCGAUGGCACCGCGCGGCUGCGCUCGGCCGAGUGCUACCAUCCCGAGCGCGACGCCUGGAGGGCCAUCGCGCCCAUGGCCAGCAUCCGCAGCGGCGCCGGGGUCUGCGCCCUCAACAACUGCAUCUACGCCAUGGGGGGCUACGAUGGGACGGAUCAGCUCAACAGCACCGAGCGUUACGACGUGGAAAGCGACACGUGGAGCUUCGUGGCCCCCAUGCGUUACCGGCGCAGCGCCCUUGGUGUCACUGUGUACCAGGGCAAGAUCUACGUGCUGGGGGGCUACGAUGGCCACACGUUCCUGGACUCGGUGGAGUGCUACGACCCAGCGGAGGACGCGUGGACGGAGGUGACGCGCAUGACGUCGGGCCGCAGCGGUGUCGGUGUGGCCAUCACCAUGGAGCCCUGCAGGCCGGGCCAGCGCAAGCCGGGCCAGCACCACGAGUGUCCCUGUUAGCCGCGGCGCCGCCGUGGGGCCGGGGUGGGGGAGUCGGGGGGCACAAGGCUGCAGCCCCCCUCCCCAUCUUUCUCCUCUCUCCUCACGGCGGCGUGGCGUUGGACUGAGCCCUCGGGACUCUGAGGGGGGGGGGUUGGAAC